AUGAGUCAUUUCGUUUUGCGGAUUGUGUUACUGUUCGCUUCGUUGAGUUUUGUUUACUCUUGUCCACCAAAUUCCUAUGAUAGUCAACUCGAUGGAUGCGUUUAUUUGCAAGCUUCUGCUCCAUUCGAUCUCGCCGAACAAAGUUGUAAUCAAAAAGGAGGACAUCUCGUCUCAAUUCAUAACGCUUUUGACAACACUGAUGUGUCAAAUAUUGGAAAUGCCGCCGGCUAUCAACGUUUCUUUCUGGGUGCUCGUCGAUAUGCCACCAAUCAAACAUUCAUGAAUUCCGAUGGAUCUCCAUUCAAUUAUCAAGUUUGGGGAGCCGGUCAACCAUUAUCUGAUUUCUGUAUCGCGAUGCAGCCCCAAACUCAGCAAUGGUACACAGCGGAUUGUGAUCAAACAUUGCCGUCGAUUUGUCUCGUCAAACAAGCACCGACAGUCCCACCUGCUUCGCAAUGUCAAUUCGGAUGGAGUUACUUCGCCGGAAGUGGAGCUUGCUACUAUAAAGGAACUGGUAACUUCUCUUUCUACGAUGCUCAAUCGAUUUGCCAAGGGAUGAGCUCAAAUCUUGCGUCGAUUCACUCGAUUGAUGAAAAUAAUUUUCUCAUAGGUCUAACUCUUGGCUACUCGGGUUCUUCGUGUUCGACGACGUGGGCCAAUUGGUAUGUGGUAUGGAUUGGAGGUGUUUACAAUCACGAUUGGCAAUGGUCGGAUGGAUCACCGUUUGAUUACAAGAGACUUUACGGGCAUAGUGAUCCCGAUUCUGGAUCGCUGUCGCUCACCUCCGAAACCGGUUGUUCCGAUUUUACCCAAUGGCGAGUGAGAGCCCCAGCAAAAAUGCUUCCAUAUUUUGUGUGCAAAAAGUACCCUGGGUUG